AUGGCAUUAAGUCUUAUGCCUAUUGAUGAAGUUGAACGUCAAUUUCAACGUUUACAAACUAUUACAUCGUCAUCAUUAGGUGAUUUAUUAUUGUAUUUUAAAAAUCAUUGGGUGCAUGGUGUUGUUCCAAUUCAUAUGUGGAAUUUUUAUGAUGCCAACCAUCGAACAAAUAAUACUUCAGAAGCUUAUAAUCUUCGAUUUGCAACUCGAUUAUCAAAAAAACAUCCUAAUAUUUGGAGCUUUAUACAAUUAAUUCAAAGUGAACAUGUUCGUUUUGAACAUAUUUC